AUAUUCCUUUCAUUUUUCCACAGGCCUGCACAAUACAAUGGCGAUAAAAAGAGCUGCCGUGUAUUUAAUUACUAGUGUCUGUGCCUGUCUUGUCCUGAGUGACACCACUCAUAAUCCGAGGUCAAAGUUCAAGGCAGCUGUCUACGAGCACAAGGUCAUCCUGCCAGAAAAAAGCGAUAAACCGGUCACCCGCCAGGCGGCGCUCUCUCUUAUGUACAAGAACCUGGAUGUGUACAGAACCCAGACCGAGGCUGCAGGUCAACAAAAUGUGGACAUCUUGGUAUUCCCGGAAGAUGGUACAUAUGGAAUGAUGAUCAAGAACAGAACGCACUUGUCUCCCUAUUUAGAAUACAUCCCCGACCCCCUUCAGGAAACGUGGAACCCCUGCACUGAGCCCGGGAUGCAUACUGACACAGAGGUACAACACAGACUGAGUUGUCUGGCCAGAAACGGCGCCCUCUAUCUGGUAGCAAACAUGGGAGACAAGCAGCCCUGCUCUACCAAGACUGACCCAGACUGCCCGUCUGACGGACAAUAUCAGUUUAACACCAAUGUCGUUUACGAUCCAAACGGAACCUUGAUCGCUAGGUACCACAAAGAACACCUGUUUUUUGAAACGCAGUUCAAUAAACCAAAGAAAGUUAAUAUCGUGCAUUUUGACACCCCUUUUGGUAGAUUUGGAGUCUUCACGUGCUUCGAUAUACUGUUCCGUGAUCCACCAAUCACGCUCGUCGAGAGAUACGGCAUAGGAAAUGUCGUUUUCCCGACGGCGUGGAUGGACGCUCUUCCUUUAUUGGCUGCCAUCCAGUUUCACUCAUCAUUUGCCGUGAAAAUGAGGGUGAAUUUCCUGGCGGCAAAUAUCCACUUACCCGCCAAACGUUUUCAGGGCAGUGGCAUUUAUACACCCGAUGUCAACGCUAAUUUCUAUUACAACAAUUCUGAAUUGAGUGACGGAAGGCUUUUGAUUUCUGAACUUGAUGUUGUACACAAGACCACGCCCCGCGUGAAAGAGGCUCUGCCUAUCGUCAACGAGGCUCCGCCCAUCGUCAAUAUUUUACCUGUUGAUCAAAUCUCACACCAGACGACAAAUGGAGAAGAAUUUAAAGCCGAAGUUUUCCAUGAUCUGUUUAACUUCGUCCUCGUUGAGGAAACAAAGGGAUCACUUUCCGUGUGUUACAACAAACUCUGUUGUCACCUAGACUAUGAGAAAGAUAACAGCAGCAGCAGCAACAACGACAUGUAUGCCUUUGGCGCCUUCGACAACCUCCACACCUACGAAGGACAGUACUACCUCCAGAUCUGCACCUUGCUACGAUGCGCCAACUCUUCCAAAGAAAGCUGCGGAUCCUCAAUUCAACAGGCUCAAACGCGAUUCCGUUACCUUCGUGUUAAAGGCACAUUCGGCACUCCAUACGUGUUCCCUGCCAUCCUGCUCACUGAUUCUGGGCAACUGAAGCUGGCGCCCAAACAGUGGACGUUUAAUGAUCUGGUUCUCGAGUCUACUGAACCACUGAAUUUCCCACUGCUGUCGGCCAAUCUGUUUGGUCGAAUAUAUGAUUGGGAUGAAGAUGAGGACUCUAAUUCGUCUGGGUGUUGCCAUGGUGAUUGGAGGUUGAUGUUAAUGUUGCUGACAGUUUACUGCACUUUAAAGAUUGCUUUGUGUGCUUAGAACAGGGCAGAUGGUAACAUGGUGGCAGUGUGUGGAGUUAGUAAAGAUGUAGAGAGAGAGAGAGAGAGAGAGAGAGAGAGAGAGAGAGAGAGAGAGAGAGAGAGAGAGAGAGAGAGCGAGCGAGACAGAAAGAGACACAGAGAGUAGUGAGAAAAUAGAACAAGCCAUGUCAUUAAAUAUAUGUAUGCGUGA